UAGCCCGCAGUGCGCGAUCCGCGACGCUCGCACCACUACACGCCGCGGACUCCGAGUCGCACACAUGCCCAACGACGACGCAACUAAGGGGGUGAGCGGGUGGGUGCGGCGCUGGUGGCGCGCGGCGCUCGCCGAGCUCGUAGCGACGGCGCUGCUGGUGUUGCUGGGCGUGGCGGCGCUGCUGCCCAAGGACGGCCGGCCGCCGCCGCUGGCGCACCCCGCGCUCGCAUUCGGCUUCGUCAUCGUCGCCAACGUGGAGGCGUUCGGCGCGGCGUCCGGCGCGCACAUGAACCCCGCCGUGACGCUGGCCGCGCUGCUCGACCGCCGCCUGCCCGCCGCCGCCGCGCCGCUCUACGUGCUGGCGCAGCUGCUGGGCGCAACGCUCGGCUUCGCGGCGCUGAUGGCGCUGGCGCCAGCGGCGUUCGCGGCGGGCGCGGCAGGCGCGGCGGUGGGCGGCACGGCGGCCGGCACGGUGAGCCCGGCGGCGGCAGCGGUGGUGGAGGCGCUGCUGACGGGCGUGCUGGUGCUGCUGUGCUGCGGGCUGUGGGCGGCGCACGACGCCGGCGCGCGCGACCCCGCCGCCCCCGUCAAGCUCGGCCUCACCGUCGCCGGACUCAUCUACGCCGGGGGUGAGAUGACCGGCGCCAGCCUCAACCCGGCGCGCAGCUUCGCGCCCGCGCUGCUGCAGCACUUCAACUCAGACCACUGGGUAUACUGGGUGGGUCCGCUGGGCGGGUCGGCGCUGGCGACGCUGCUGCACCGGUACGCGCUGCGCCCUCCCGCCCCCCGCGCCCCAGCCGACGCGCGCCUGACCGAGGCGCUGCCGCUGCAGGACAAGGCCGAGCCGUGAGCGCGCCCGCUCGCCGCUCGGUUCAACUCGAGCCUCGCUUACCUCUCGUCUAUGUUUCAUCGUUUUGUAAUAUACAUUUUUACGUAAUUUAA